AGUCAACAUGAGUGGAAGAGGUAAAGGAGGCAAGGGACUCGGCAAAGGAGGCGCCAAGCGUCACCGUAAAGUUCUCCGUGAUAACAUCCAGGGAAUCACCAAGCCCGCUAUCCGCCGUCUGGCUCGCCGUGGCGGUGUCAAGCGUAUCUCCGGUCUCAUCUACGAGGAGACCCGCGGUGUGCUCAAGGUUUUCCUGGAGAAUGUGAUUCGUGACGCCGUCACCUACACCGAGCACGCUAAGAGGAAGACCGUCACCGCCAUGGACGUGGUCUAUGCUCUGAAGAGGCAGGGCCGCACUCUGUACGGCUUCGGAGGCUAAACAGCUGAUCCUCUCACAUUCAAACCCAAAGGCUCUUUUAAGAGCCGCCCACCUCACCUGAAGAGCCUCAUCCUUCAUGUGAUUGUUUAUCACUUGUCUCUUUUAUUGAUACGAACUCUAUGGUUGUGGCUAUACACACUAACACCAGUUAGCUCAGACUGUAACCAAAUGUGUUGUGGAACACUUUCAUAUUAUUAUUAUUCAAUCAUAAAUCAUCUACACGUCACAUAGCAAA